AUUCAACGGAGACCCCACUGUGCUCAUUUCAUCUUUUUCCCAACUGGUAAAACACAUAAUCAUUAUCGUAAAUUCGUAAUUCUAUUUCCGUUUGCAUUUCAUUUUCCUCGUUGACCGGUGGACACCCUUCUUAGCCGCUACUCCGUACUAGGGUUUGGUUUCUCUUAUUUUUAAUUUUCGGUAGUGUUUAUUUCCAUUUUUACUCUACCUUGCAAGCUAUUAAUGAUCUUCUCCAUGUUCUGGCAAAAAAUUGUGGAAUUCAAAGGGUUUUCAAGGUUUAAGGGGAGAUAAGACGGGUACUUGGUAUUUUGGUGGGAGGACUUUUUUAUUUUUAUUUUUUCAUUUUGAAAAUUUGCGGUCGUGACUGUGUACUGUCUUGAAUUUUGAUUACUGCUUCAGCUUUGGAAUGAUUUGAAAGAGUGAUGGCGUGUUCAUUUGAAGAUCUGGAACUGGUUUACAUCUAGUGGGAUAUUUUAUUUUCGUUUUUAUUCCACCUUGCUAGUUAGUAUUUUUCUUCUCAGUGUUUUGGGAAUAAGAAACAGUGUAAAUUUGUGAAAUUCGAAAUUAUUUCAAGGUUUAAAGGAAAAAAGAUACAGUCUUGAUUCUGUGUUAUCUUGAAGUUUUGAUUGUUCGCUUUAUCUUUGUAAUGAUUUGAAAGAUAGGUGGCCAUGUUCAUUUGAAGAUCUAGAACCGUUUUAAAUCUAGUGGGAUAUUUUAUUCAGGAAGAAUUGAGCUUUUGCAUUGUUGAAGUAUAGUUGUUGACUUGAAAAGGGAAAAUGGAUAAUUCAAAUCUGCCUGGGCAGAUGAAUAGACAGAUUGAUCAUUUGGGUGUGAACAAGAUGGGAAAAAACAUUAAGAAGAGUCCUUUACACCAGCCCAAUUUUUCUGGCCCUGCUAGGCAACAGCCUCAACCCCAAGUCUACAAUAUUAACAAGAAUGAUUUCCGUAAUAUAGUUCAGCAGCUCACUGGAUCUCCUUCUCAAGAACCGCCAUCUAGACCUCUCCAAAACCCUCCAAAACCUGCAAGUAACCGAUUACAGAGAAUUCGCCCUCCGCCUUUGGCACCAAUGAAUCAACCUCAAAUCCCGAUUCAUCCUUCUAUGCCAAUGCCUGCAUCAGCACACCCUGUACGGGAGCUUCCUAACAACUUUGCAAGACCUCCUCCCCCUCCAGCCCAUUAUGGCCAACCUUCACCACCUGUGUUCCCACCAACUCCUACUGAUGUUUGGGCAAAUACAGCUGAGUCUCCUUUAUCAGCUUAUAUGCGCUACCUGCAAAAUUCGAUCAUCGAUCCAGGUUUCCGACAACCCCAGCCUCAUUAUCAACCUCACUUGCAACCUCAUGUUCCUGGUCAAAAUCUAGCUCGGCCAGCGGGUUCUGGUUUGCUUCCUAAUCCUACCAUGCAACCGUUCCCAUCUCCAAGAAUGAAUGGUCAUCCAAUCCCUCUUCCGUCACCUCGCAUGAAUGGCCCCUUGCCCCAUCUUCCUUCCCCUAGGAUGAAUGGCCCUCCUCCCCUUUUACCCUCUCCUACUUCUCAGUUCCUUUUACCUUCACCUACUGGCUAUUUGAAUUUAUUGUCUCCUCGAUCACCUUAUCCAUUGCUUUCUCCAGGGUAUCAGCAUCCUCCUCCUCUGACUCCUAAUUUCUCAUUUUCUUCCGUGCCCCAAUCUGGAAUUUUAGGUCCUGGACCCCAGCUACCUCCUUCUCCUGGUUAUGGAUUUCCUUUGUCACCUUCAGGGUUUUUCCCUCAACUAAGUCCUAGAUGGAGGGAUGAAUAUUCUUAAAAGCACAAGCUACUGACUCGCAAGGGAUACAAAUACUGUCAUUUUUUAUGACUUUCUUCAUGUUGAGUCAUUUCUUCUGUAUCAUAGCUUCUCCUAUGGAUUUGAAUGUACACCGAGAUGCAACGGUUCAUCGUGGAAGUAUGUAGUCUUCGUGUUUGCUGUUGUUUUUCUUGUUUAUACAGGCGCCUUCUGAGAUGUGGAUUCUGUAACAGCUGCAAUCUGUUUUUAUCUGCCCAAAAUGAUUUACAUCAGGUGAUAUUCUGAAGAUUGGACCACUUCUGCAUACACAUGGGCGGCUGCAGCAUGUAAGCAGGUAGUAUUAUAGUCUUUGCAGAUUCAUGUAGGCCAUCUGAUGAAAAAGUAGUUUUGCAUUUUUGUAAUAUUGUUCAUCUUACAGUUAGUCUGAAUUGAGAUUCUUAGUGACUUUAUAAGAGCAUAAAAGUUCUCACUUUUCUGUUAAAUCAUUUUGCUUUUGCACUUGUAUUUUCAUAUACAAUCAUCUAUGUAUUUUUUUUUCCUUGGUAAGCUGUGAAUUUUUUGGGCUUA